AUGAGCCUCUUUCAUGCCCUGAUCCGGACCCAUCACAUUACUUCGCGCAAGAAGGUUGCCCAUCUGCGCAAGGCGGCAGGAAAGCUUGGCUGCUAUGCCCUCCUUCGGAGCGGAGGUUGCCCGGGCAUCAUGUAUUGCAAAGGCAGCGAGGAGGACGUGAAGGAGUGGGUAGGGACUGUCCAGCGACUACGAUACAAGGAUUUCCAGUUGGUUUCAAAGCCUGCGCCGAUCGACGCUACGGUGGCCAAGCCAGAGGACCGAACAGGGCUGUUUGAAGUGGCCUCUGUCAAGGAGUUUGCCGAUGCCAUGGAGAAACGGGGCAUUUCGGAGUGGUUCAAGCGUGGAAUGGAGUUUGCAUGA